AUGUUCCGUGCUUGUAUGCAGAAAGUGCCGGGCACUGUGUCGGACGGGCAUGUCGGUGCCGGCGUGCUUUACGCGACGUCGUUCGGGUGGGUAGCGAAGCAGAUCGACCAUCUGACAGGCGAGAAGGGUCGUAGUGGGGUGAGCAUCGAGAGCGUCGGGAUGAAGGGGCUGAAGGCUUUGCGCGACAGCAUGGUUGAGUACGUCGGCAAGGUCAUUGCCGUAAAACGCACCGCGGCGCCGACUUCUCAAGCCGCCGGACCCGCCAACAGUGCCAUUGAUGACGACGGCGCGGAAGGACAGAAGGCGCCCCAAGGUUCCUGCCCCUUCAGGAACGCGAGGGUGCAUGGGGAAGGUGGAAACGGUGGAGGAGGCGACGUAGAGGCAGGUGCAGGAAGGUUGGAAACGGAGAAGUCGUCGUCGUCGUCUGAGCCGGAGUCGGAGUCGGAGUUGGAGGAGGAAGACGAGGCAGUGAAGCGUAAGGUCGAGGACGAGGAGGAGGAGGAUGAGGAGGAGGAGGAGGAGGAGGAGGAGGAGGAGGAGGAGGAGGAGGAGGAGGAGGAGGAGGAGAAUAAGGACGAGAAUGGUGAGAAGUGGGAGGGAGGGGAUGAAGAGGUGGAGCUCGUGGUGGAGUAUGUAGAGGGUACGGUUGAGGCGGGAGCGGCGGAAGAGGCGGUGGGGUCGGCAGAUCAGGGGAACGAGGAAGAGAAGGAUGACGGCGCGGGAAAUGCUACGAGUCCGGCAGAUGUGGGGAAGGAGAAGGGCGAGGUCGGCGUGGAGGCUACGACGGGAAAUGGCCAGGAUGAGGCGGCCUGCGAGGGAGGUGGGAAGGUGUCGGUUGACGCCGGCGAAGGGGCGAACAACAUGGGCUGA